AUGUUGUCGGAUACUGCCAUCUCCGACACGGGACUUGGGCUGGGCCUACGCUACCUCGACCUCAAAGAGGCUGAUGAUGACCACGACGACGUUCCGCUUGGUGUCCACGUCGUCCAUGAUGAGAAUGAUGAAGAGACGACGCUGGGCAAACCCCCUCGGAGAAAAGAUGCCUCGACACCGCCACCUCACAUCUCAUCGCCGUCCAUCCCUUCGCCCAUGAGCCUGGGUCAUCUCGGCAUCGUGCCACUGACGCCACUGGGGAAACAGCUCGCCGCCUCGCUGGGCAGGACCCCAGAGACGCCGCUGAGAGGUUCUGACAGGGAUGCAUCGAGUGAUCACGGCAGCGGCCCACGGGUUGCGGCUGACGAGGAGCUCACUCAGGGAUCCAAGGCGCAGCUUAUCCAGCGCCUCACCGCGCUCACGCAGAAGCUCGUUCAGGGCAGUGACGUUCCUGACCAGAUCACCCUUGACCUCCUACUCCGGCGCGUUGAUGAGAUUGAUCGUGUCGUCGAUGGUCAUCCUCCCAGCGCGCCCUUCCGACCGCAUCUCACAUGCCGGCCCACUGGUAGUAUCGACGAACGAGGCAGCUUCUUCGGUUCGCCCUCCUCGUCGUGGAUGCACUCUCGCUACUCGAGCCUCUCUCUGUCCCACAUCCAUGAUCUCCUCGUCACCCGCGCCGAGCGUGCCGCCCAGCGCAUCAUCUUCCUCCAGUCCCGCGUCCAGGACCUGGAGGCCGAGCUGCACGACUCCGACACGGACCUCUCACACCUCCGUCUCGGCCUCAAGGCCAUCGAGGUCCAGUGCCCGCGCGACUUCCUCGCCACCCACGCCGCCGUCGAGCUCGCCCAAAGCAUCGCCAACUGGAAGGCCGACUAUGCCGCCCUCAAGCAGCGGCGCGCCGCCCGCCGCAUCGCCGCCACGCCUGGUGCGUCAUCCACCCUCGGAACGCCGGCGCGGGAUUACGCUUCCCACCAUGCCGCCACGCCGUCGUAUCAGAGUUCGAUUGCGCCGUCGUACCAGACGUCCAUCGCACCAUCGUACGAGAGCCCCAUCGCGCCCUCGCCCUACCAGAGCACCGCCGGCCCCUCGCCCCUCUCCCAAACCUCUGCCUCCCUCGUCACCCCUACCCGCGACACCUUUAGUCGCUCCAGUAGUGGCGGCGGCGGCGGCUUUCCUUUCGGCACCGCCUUCACACCCCCACACCCGGCCGCCGCAGAAGCACCGCCCGAGACGCCGAGGAGCGACGCCUCGUCGACCGCCACGCCAGAGAGCUACACCCCCAGCGUAGCCGCCUCGUCGUCGCGCACCUCAGCGCGCUCGGUGCGCGUGCGCAAGCUGGCGAGGCUCAACGGGACGCCGAGACGGAAGCUGGAGUAUGGGGGCCACGGCGGCGGCUACCGCGAGCGGUACUGA